AGGCCUACCUACAAACAUCGGGAACAACCCCAACGCCACACGCCAAGCAGACCCAGCUCUACUCACCCGUUUGAGAACAUCAAUACACUGGGAAGCCAGACACGAUGGCGUCCUUAAAAGCCUUAACAACUGCCCGGGAGGCAUCCCAAGAGGCCUCAUACCAAAUAUCAAAUGCGGCGCCCCUGAGAAGGAAACCUCUGAUAUUGAAAAGGCGUUUGAUGUUAUUUUACACCAUUGCAGCGACCAGCUGACAGAAGCCACCACACUCCACAGCCAAAACAGACUAGACUUUCACAGACAACAAACCAGUGAAACCAUCCAAACGCUAGCCAAAACCAUCGGCCUUGUAGAAGCAGACAAACUGGCAGAGCAGUACAGGCGUGAGGCCUUCAAACCAAAAAGACGGGAACCAAACACAAAACCCCGUGGGAAAAGACAGUAGAACAAAACUACUUUAAAAAAUACAACCCCGGCCCUUCUCAGGGCCACCAUUCUCUACCAAAAGAGCAAUUAAACAUUUAUGAAUUUAAAAGUAUGAAUGUGUAUAGCAUAUGAAAUGUAUGAACGUGUAUGGAAACCGCCAAACAUGUUAACCCGAAACUAUAUUAACCCCCCUAAAACUAAUAAAGCAAACCCUUGUAUUACUAACUUUAAAACUAAACAACACUUCUACUACUAGUGCCAACCAAAACACACCAAACGUUUACAAUUUAAACCUGCAAACCACUGCCCGUACUUCGGAACACACACCCGUGUAUACACUAACAUUCCCCCUUCCCCCUCCCCAUUCCCCAAGCCGCUGAUGAAGAACACAUCAUGGACUACCACCCAUGAGUUCGAAACAUCUUGUGCUCUUAU